AUGGCUCGCUCUCGCUCUCCUGCAGUGCGUCGCCUGCUCACUCGUGGCACAGCUGGCAUCGACGACAUCUUCCUGUCGCCACUGACGACAGAGGAGAGGCGACGCUGUCGAUGCCUUGAAGCCGAGGGGAAAGACCGCAGUGAUGAUGAGGAUUCCGUGGAGGAGCCUUCGUCCUCGUCUGUGGACGAUAUGGAAGAGCACACUUCGCACUCGCUGGAGCAUUUGGGCACUUCUGCGUCUCAGGAUGCCAUCCAGGAUUACAGCCAAGGUGACGUCAGCAGCUCGGGGUCGGUGCAGUCUGCAGGCGUCCCGCUUGACAUCCUUGAGCAGCUGAACGAAGAGGCUGCUCAGCUGGAGGACUUGCGGCGAUGCUCGGUGCCUUGCCCUCACGUGAAGCAGGCCCGCUUCAAAUGGGGCGGUUGCCCGCACCACGAGCGCAGGAGCUUGCAGCCGCACCUCGUACAGAGUGGUGCUAACAGAGGGCAACUGGUCCUCCGGUGCGCUGCCUUUUGGCGUCGCGGGGGGGACCACCACGAGAAAUGCUUUUAUGCAUAUCCCUUCCCUUGGGGGCUCUUCCAUAAGUUGCCGGACGAUUUAAAGUCUUCCUACGGCUGUGUAGACUUUGCGUUGUCCCGGGGCAUCAACUACACGUUUGGCUACACGCUCGCCUACAAGCAGAUGAGCGGGGGACAGGGUCCGGACUGCCAAGGCAUAGUCAGGGCCAUGUAUCUCUUUUCCAUGAGGGUUCCUGUGGACGCCGCCCCGCUGCUGGCAGAUAGAGACCACAAGUACCUGGAGCGUACCUUUCAGCGCUUCCGACGAGCGGCUGCCUUUCAGAUGAUGGCUUUCCAGCUGGACAUGCGCUUUCCGCCAGGGGUGGUGGAGUUUGAUGGAAUGAGGAGCUCAGGCCGCAAAAACCGAGCCGAAGGCGAGAGCCAUCACCUGGGCCGCUUUCUCGUAGCCUGCCACAGGAGCAGUGCCAACACCGUCUUCCUGCCGCUGCCCGACAAGCGCACGAAAGUUGGAGCACCAGGCCUGACCAGCCUUCUGCACUUUCCUUUCGCUGCCAUGGCCCUGGAAGUUUCAGCAGAUUUCUCGCUGGCUCUGGGGGCCGCUGUCUUGACAGCUCUUGACCUUCACAUGCCGGACAAGAAUGUACGGGACGCCUGGAGAUGUUCCCACUUGCUUCGCAUGUUACGUGUCACCAUGGCCUGUUACGACAUUCGUCGUAACCUGGGGCCACACCAAAGCAAGGCCGAGCUGGAAGUUCUGACUUUGGCUGCCCACGUGCUCGCCUGCGUGUUUGCCACCGAAGACAGGCUGAUCACACUCGGAGAUUGCCCUCUCGCUCCUGUGGUCCCUGCACCCGAUCACCAGACUUUUCGUGACCAGGUUCGUGUCUGGGGGGGUGGUGCCUGGAGAAAUCAGUUAGACCACCUCCACCAGGAACUCAGGAUGGUGCUGCUCGAGCUAAGCCAGUGCAGCGCCAUAUUCCAGCACAGCCGUGGGCUUCGUCAGCUGUUUAGUUCUUGGCAAGGAGUUCUCGAGGACUUCAAUUUGCUCGUGGCCGGCUUGCUGCAAGAGCCCACAACUGUGCGCGACCAGCUCUGCCCGCCGGAGAGUACCGCAGAAGUGCUGCCUUGGGUCCAGAAGAAACUCUGCCCCUACAAGCACGUGGUGGGCAGCGACCAGUCGAAAGGUCUCGCCAAAGCUUGGCGGACCCUCAACGUGCAGGCGGCCACGGCUUGCCAUGGCAAGGCUCACUACACGCCCGUCGUCAAGCUCAAAACAUCGCUGAUACCACGGCAAGCUUUGAAAAACCUCAAGGCCUGCAGCAGAGCCAACGUGAAUCGCAGUACGGUCACCAUGGUCGGUGGCGAUCAGCGAUGUGAGAGCCAAGUGGCAUCUUUGAAGCGGAUGCUGCGGCGAUGCAACAUGCUUGGCCGAAGUAGCUCAAAAAGCUCUCGGUGCCACAUCGAUGGGCUAAGCUCUCGCUUUUUGCAAGAGCACCAGGGGUUUGAAAAGAUAGCUGCAGCUGUGGCGGCGUAUCAAAACUUUUACCAAGACAGUGUGUCGCCGAAGGAUCUCUGGGAGCAAACCUCCUUCUUGGACGCUCAGGCACCCUGA